AUGUCCAUGUACGGAUUCAAUAUCAGGAGGCUAAUCUCAACAAGGUGUGCACAAUCUCCAGAUGAAGCCGAAGAUUAUGACAGCGAUGCAAGCAACCAAUCAGCCCAAGCUACUUUUAGAGGAAUGCGGAAGCCGUCUUGGUUUACCACGCGACGCCCCAGGAGCAGAAAGCAGCCGUCGACCCCAAUCAUAAGCAGAGUCCAGAGCCCGCUACAAAAUGUCUCAAAUUCGGGGCUAUCAACGCUUCCAGAUGAGACUCCACAAUCUUCGGCCAGUUCUUUGUAUAGUUGCGACGAAGGAUAUCCCAUGUACGCCGGAACAAGGAGAUCAACCCUCGGAUCAAUUGGCGGCAGCGAGCUUUCGUUGCAGAUCUCAAGUGCUACUAGCGUCGAAGGCGACGAUUUCCUACCACUCAUCAAGAACAAUGGCAAACACUUGAGGCUCGUGAAUAAGCAAUCAAAUUCCUCGAAGUCGAGGUUGGACCUGAUGGAGGCAUUGUCCUUGGAACCAGAUGACAAAGGAACGGAGACAACCCGACAAGGUCGAAGCGCCACUCCAGGAUAUCACCCAGAUGAUAUUAAAGAAGCAUCCCACGAGGCCGAAGUGGCUAUCAAACUAUGCGGGAGCAUUUUGGCCGAAUUAGAUGCAACACGGACGUCAUUCAAUGAGACCCCAAGACUACCUCCCACCACAAUAGUCAGACAAUUAUCAAGGCGAACAACAGUGAAGCCAAGGGUCAAGAAAAGCCAUCCUCUUACGCUGAUACGUACACCAGUUUCGCCUGUCAACACUGUCAGGCGGAAGCCGUCAGUCACCAAGGCUCAGAGGAAGAACUGUACCAAGCAGCGACAAAUGAAGACGCAGCGGAAGUCUUUAGGCGCAAAAUACGCGACCAAGAAUAACUCGAAAUGGACAGAAAAUGUGUCAGAUUUGCUGAGCGGAAAGUUGUUCCAGAAGAUUGAGGCAGACGAGAUGUUGACGCCGGCACAAAUUAAGGCCUAUAAGCUGAAAAGAUUGUCCAAAUUACAACUGCAAAACGCAAUAUCAAGUGAGACACUUGCUACCGAGACAGUCGACACGCCGGUCGAGCCUUUUCACAUGGACGAUCUACCUGCACGGAUAGGAUCGUCAGGGGUUCAACUUACUGCAAAUACACCAGUCGACGAGAAACCGGAUCCAGUGUUCUUCAAUGAAGCGCUGAGAAAAGACUUCUCUAUCGACCGAACGAGCGAUGAUGAUGAACUAUUCUUAGGCGCACCUUCGUCUACGCUGGCCAGCUCGCCUUCGAGUUCGACGGACUUGACCCCCAACAAAGAUGGGGCGGCUUCCAGUUCACAAACACAAACAAAGAGCCCCAGUCGCUAUGUGUUUCGCAAGAUUUCCGAACUCCCAACAAUAUCAGAAAGUUUACCCCGUGAUGACGAGCUCUUCCUGUCGCACGGCGUCACCAAGGCACGCAACGAUGCCGCUGACGCGGAUUAUGUCUUCUUCCGCUCGACCCCUUACACCUUGACCGCUCCAAGACAUCGACAUGGACCUAUCCGCCUGGCGAAAGCAGACCUCUGUCCAGAUCCGAGACUUGGCGCUGAUGACGGCCUUGACUGGACUGCCUUUCAGAUGGCUAUCCUAGGUGGCGCAGGCGACUACUUCACGGACAGCGAGCACAUACUCCGCCUGCAAGAAGCCGAGGACGUCGAAGCGAUCUGCGAGUGGUGGGACAACUGGGGCUUCGGUGGCUAUGGUAGGCUCAUGACACAGGACGACGAGCCCAAGAGCCCAAGCACCGUGUCGGGCGAUGGCGACCCGCUGUAUCACGAGAUCGGCCGAGACAACCCAUACAGCGCUCGGCACAGGUGGCGAAGUCUCCGGCGCAAGGCGGCCUCCGAAGGCAGGAGGCUCGACCUCGACCUGGACAGGGGCGACAAGCUGUACAACGGCGGGGGGAUCAAGAAGUGGAGCGCCGACGGGCAUGCGAGCCGGCUCCUGGAGCGCGAGAGCAUGGCGAGUCUGCCGCAGAGCCCGAUGCUCGACCUGAGGGUCAUCGCCGGCGAUAGUGACGUUGUCGACUUUGUUCCCAUGGGGUAUAACCUGAGCCAUGACCUCGGCGACUUUCUGAACUGGGAGACCGAGAACGUCUAUUCAGACAGUGCAAUGUACCAGGGCGGUGUGAUAUAG